CCGCUGAAUGACAUGCUUAUUCAAAAAUGAUUGUAUAUCAUCUUAUACAUGUACAUACAUCCUCAUUUUUUUAAUUAAUAUUGUUACACAAUAGGAAGCAAUAUAACAGAUGUGUGCGGAUAGGGCAUAUACUGUAUAGCAGCAGCAUCCCUAGUGCCGCUGUUAAAUUCAAGUUAAUUACAUGUUUGUCAAUGCAAUGACAUAAAGGUUCGUUGUCACGUCAAUAACAAAUGGACCAAAUCGGAGCUUUUUCAGCAUUCAUAUUCACUUUGUUUUUUAAGCAAAUAAAAUAUCUUAUUUCUGAUUCAUUAUUUGUGUUACAUAGGAACAAGUAAUUAAUAAGAACAUUUCCUGACAUUCUAAAACUUUAUAUACUGGUUGACUUCGGCCUGAAGUCUGUGAAUAUUCACCCAUACGCCAUAUUUUCCAUAGCAGCCGUCAAGCCUUAGUCUGCCUUUCAAAGCUGUUUUCCCGUAGAUUGUCUUAUCAGGGGCUGGCAUAGCUGCACAGCGGGACAGCUGAUGGGAGGAGUCAACUCAACUGAACUCAAACCUCAAUGUAUUCCAAAAGAACUUACACAACACCCAAACAGUCAUUUAUUUAGCACCAGCAGGUCUAUAGAAAUGUAAAGUAUGUAUUACAAAUAGAUGUUAUGGGCAUGCUCAUGACUAAAUGGACCAUAUAUCUAGUUUGAUAUUACUUUUUUUCUUUUUUUUUUUACUGUUGGCUUAAAUGUAGGAUUUUUUUCUACCCAAUGUUUGGUGUCUUCAACAGGUUGACUUUGUCCAGCAAGAGUCUCUCCUGAAUGUGUUCAACAAACAGUAGUGUUCUCCCACUGAGGAGAGCCUGUGAGGUAUUACCAACUCCAGGCAGGGUGUGUGGGGGAGGGCCCAUGCCACCUACUUUCCCUGGACCCAGGCCUCAUGGAGCUCCACAGGACGCAGAAAUUGAUGUAGCUUGGCAGGAACUGAUGGCCAUCUCAGAGCUCCAGCAGUUUGAAGUCCCUGCAGACGGCUCCUAUGUAGCACCACAGUACCAAACUAUGGAGCCCAUGAACCCGAUGGGAGGGUAUGAGAUGGCUCAGUCCCACUCUGUGCAUCCUCCUGCUGCGUGUGAUCUCAGUUCCACUGUUCCUUACAAUGGAUGUUACUCCGAAGAAAUGCCCAAGUAUCGGCAAAGCAGCCGAGUAGAGUCAAUGUUCGGACACUCUGAAUAUCAGCUCAAUCAAAGAAUGCAUCCGAUCUCCUCUCAGGCUCUGCCUUCGCUCAUUAGGGAACAGAUAAACAUGUCAGGUAACAGUCAGGGACACAGGACAGCCAACGCUUGUUUCUCUCAGGGUAUAAGUCAGCACAUGAUAUGGACUAAUCAUAGACCAGAUGUUCACUUGACUGAUGAUCCAGAGUCAGACUCUGGUCUGUCUCUGGGUUCGACUCCACCUCUGGCCUCUCCUGAUAAUCCUGUUGGUGGUGUCCCUGGGUACCAGAGUGUGGACAUAGGUAUGACGUAUAGUGAUAGCGAAGUAGACCACAUUGCAGAACAAACCAGAAGAGCACAUGUGAAUUACUCAAUGGAAUAUCCGAGUCCGUCUCAGUCAUAUCUACAUUCAGUUUCCGAGCCUAAUUUUUCACCCCAGCCCUCUUCAUCUCUUACACAGCCCAAUGAACUGACUGCACAGUCCAUGAAACAAGGACCAGCUGCCAUUCUGAACAACCUUUUUAUUGACUCUGGAGUGUCCCGCAGAGGGAGCUCACUGCAUGACAUCUAUACAAAGCCACCAGGAAGCACCUCUUCUCCACUGAGCAGAGAUCAGCGGCGGGCAAUGGCUUUGAAAAUACCCUUCCCCAUUGACAAGAUCAUCAAUCUCCCUGUAGAUGACUUCAAUGAGCUUCUGACACAUUACACCCUAACAGACAGUCAACUAGCACUGGUCAGGGACAUAAGACGAAGGGGCAAGAACAAGGUAGCAGCUCAGAACUGCAGGCGGAGGAAGCUUGAGAGUAUAAUUCACCUUGAACGAGAAUUGAACCAGCUGCAAGCCCAGAGAGAGCACCUGGCCAAGGAAAAGAUGGAGUUCCAACACAACCUAGGCUUUAUCAAACAUCGCCUGACAGACCUCUAUACUGAAGUCUUUUCUCAUUUGAGAGAUGAAGACGGACAACCUUACUCUAUAGAUGAAUACUCCCUACAACAAACCCCUGAUGGUAAAAUUUAUUUGGUACCUCACAGAUACACCAAGUGAGGAACAACGCUGAAGAGCUAGUGUCUUCAUUCAUGAUACUGCACAGUGUUGUUUUUCUAGUGAUUAAUUCAUGCAUUUGCAGCUUUACCAUAACUCUUUCAGUGUAAAAAUGCAUGAUUGAUAAACAGCAAAAAAACUAUUGUUUCUUAUGAAUAUACUUUAUUUAAAAAAGAAAAGUAUAAAAGCAUUUAUUUUUAAAAAAAACUGCACAGCAGUUAAAGGGUAAAAAAAAAACUUCAGCACCAACAUGAUUGUUCAACCUAUGGGUGGGGGGGAAACAGAAUUGGAUUAAAAAAUAAACAUACAUUUAUAUAUAAUGUGCAAUGAUUUGCAAUCUGUACCUGAUCAGGCAAUUGUCAAAACAUGAAAACCAGCCUUUGGACCUUGUGUAGUUACCUAGAAAGCAAAAAGAGCAUGUAAGUCUUUCAAGUAUUUGUUCUGUUAAAAGCAUGCAAUUUUUUGGAGAACAUCGAAGCACAAUUAUGUGUCCAAUAUUACCAGUCAAUGGUGUGUAAGUCAAUAAAAUCUGUUUGCACAAAAUGUUACGUCAUUAUUGGGGUACAAAACUUACUACCAGCUACACGACAAAAGCAAGAUACUGUAUACCAUCAGUAGUUGAGAAGGCUGGUCUUACCUACAGGCAGUACUUAAGCCUUUUGGUAGCUGCUGCCUGCUAGCCUCAGGCUUCUGUUCUCACUCUCCCCUGCUUCAAUGAUCCUGGCGGUGGUUUUGCUACUUCUCUCCCUCAGCUGGCUUCCAUGGCUAGCCUCAAAGACUUUGCAUGUAAGCUAGCAGUCUCCAGAUGAUCUUUGCAGAACUUGGGGUAGUUUGUGGGCUCUGUAUGGUGAUUGCGUUUGUGCACAGCUGCCCAUCCCCCACCCACUGCAUGCAACAUCCCUUCCCAAAUCACUGAAGAGGCUAACAAGACUUAAAAAACUGAAAGUUGGUUUAUUUCAGCUUGAUUAGAUGCAGUUACAAAUAAAAACCAGACUUAAAGAAAAAUCUACAUAAAACCUCAAUGGAAUGCUUGCUUUCCAGAAACAAUUUGAAAAAAAAAAAGAAAAAAGAAAA